GCUGUCAAAAUACGGAACUGUCACCCGGUGACAAUUGUGCCGCUUGGCCUUCCGUAAAAAAAUACCCCAAAAGAAAAACGAACGCGACUUUUCUCUGGCCCGUUGCUUGCGUUAAAUAAUUGCUCUAUUUAUGUGCAUUUGCGUGCGAGAAAUUCGGUAAAAGUGCACACACCGGCUUACUCCUUUGCGUAUCUGUUGAGGUUGUACCCGUUAGGCGAGCGAACCACAUCCAACCAUGUCGGACAUUGACGACGAUUUCAUGUGCGACGACGAUGAUGAUGAUUACGGAUUGGAAUACUCCGAAGACAGCAACUCGGAACCGGACGUAGAUUUGGAAAAUCAAUACUACAACAGUAAGGCACUGAAGGAGGAAGCACCGCAGGAUGCGCUGAAAUCCUUCCAGAAGGUGCUGGACCUGGAGAAUGGCGAGAAAGGCGAGUGGGGCUUCAAGGCACUGAAACAGAUGAUAAAGCUAAACUUUAAGCUGCAAAACUAUCAGGAAAUGAUGUCCCGCUACAAGCAACUGCUAACCUACAUCAAGAGUGCGGUAACGCGGAACCAUUCGGAGAAAUCGAUCAAUUCGAUUCUGGAUUACAUUUCUACGUCCAAAAAUAUGGAACUGUUGCAAAAUUUCUACGAAACCACACUGGAAGCGCUGAAGGAUGCGAAGAACGAUCGGCUAUGGUUCAAAACAAACACCAAACUAGGCAAGCUGUACUUCGACCGGAACGAUUUCGGCAAGCUGCAGAAAAUCCUCAAACAGCUGCACCAAUCCUGCCAAACCGAUGACGGCGAGGACGAUCUGAAGAAGGGUACGCAGCUGCUCGAAAUUUACGCGCUCGAGAUCCAAAUGUACACCGUGCAGAAGAACAACAAAAAGCUAAAAGCGCUGUACGAACAAUCGCUCCACAUUAAGUCGGCCAUUCCGCAUCCACUGAUUAUGGGUGUGAUUCGCGAAUGCGGUGGCAAGAUGCAUCUGCGGGAAGGCGAAUUUGAGAAGGCUCAUACGGACUUUUUCGAAGCGUUCAAAAACUACGACGAAUCGGGCUCGUCUCGCCGGACGACCUGUCUGAAGUAUCUGGUGCUGGCCAACAUGCUCAUGAAGUCCGGCAUCAAUCCGUUCGACUCGCAGGAAGCGAAACCGUACAAGAACGAUCCGGAGAUUUUGGCCAUGACGAAUCUGGUGAUGGCGUACCAGAACAAUGACAUUAUGGAGUUUGAGGCGAUCCUGCGCAACAACCGCAACAACAUUAUGGCGGAUCAGUUCAUCCGGGAGCACAUCGAGGAUUUGCUGCGCAACAUACGGACGCAGGUGCUGAUCAAGCUGAUCCGGCCGUAUACGAAGAUAACGAUACCGUUCAUAUCGAGCGAGCUGAACAUUGAGCCGGCCGAGGUGGAAAGCUUGCUUGUGUCCUGCAUACUAGAUAACACUAUUCAGGGUCGUAUCGAUCAAGUCAAUCAGGUGCUGGAAUUGAACAAAGAAGCUCGUUGCGGCGAACGGGACAUUGCGAUCGAGAAGCUGGCCACGCAGAUAAACUCCGUACAGGCGGCCAUUAUCAACAAGAUGGCCUGAAAUCAGGAUUACUGAAGUGUUGCGGAUGAUGGAGCGAUGAUAGCUGUAAAACAAAAAGACACGUACUGUGAGCGGUGGUAACAGCUGCCACAUCGGUUACCACUGGAUCUGCUGGCCUGCAGCAGCAGCGCAUUACAGCACACAGGAUGGAAAUAAUCUCGUUGUCUUUUGUUUCGAUACGUGUGAUCCCGGUCCUCUUUAACGAUACGUGGCUUUUGAAUGAUAUUCAUUGCUGUGCUCGAAUAUCAUGGCUGGGGCCGAAAAAAGGAGGUGGGGGGGGGGGCAGCAGGCGAGCAAUUAAUGGCACAAUAUACACACACGCGCGCGCGGCAGAGAACAAUUACGCCUACAGGUAAUAUCGAGCCUCCUUAUACAAGCGUUUGAUGAGGAGAAUGUGAAGGAGGAACAAUAAUUGAGGAAUAAACCCAUGCUGGAUGCUGAUUGUUAUAA